AGAGGGUUGGUGUUGGUGGAGGCGAAGCCAGUGUUUGUCUUCGAACUCCAGCAGAGACGAGGAUGGGAGGAAGAUGAUGAGCAGGAUGAGUGAAUCUCCGCAAAUAUCACUUCUAUCAUGAAUUCUGCCGAAACAGACAGAGUGUGGACCGAAAAGAACAAAGGCGUGUGCGCGCGUCUUUUUCUGGACACAUCCAACCGCUCCUGUGAUCUACUGAAGAAGAAGAAGAAGAAGGAGGACGGUGAUGAUGAUGAUGGUGAUGAUGAUGCGUCCAUACUGAGUCCAGUUUAACAUCUCGUCUUAAAAAAGAGAGAGAACCCACUCUGGAUCCAACAUCUCCAUGGAGGAAUUACUGGAGCGCCGCGCGCACGGAGACGCCGCGCGCGAACCGUGACAGAUUGACUACUUUUACUGGGGAAUCGCUUGUGUUGAUUGUGGAGAAGACUCAAUAAUCAUCAGCCGGCGCCGAGGAUCAGCGCGGCUCUGCAAUAACAAGACGCGAGUGCUUUUAUUGUUUCCCCCCUUUUUCUUUUAAAUUAAGCAAUAAAUUCUAUGAGAUAAACACAGUCCUGUGUUUGUGCGCAAUGGGCGACGGAGCGUCAAACUUCAGGAGCGGCAGCGGCAGCGCCGGUGUCUCAUCACCGCAACCCAGGACCGGUGCGGCGCACGCAGGAGCGCGGAUUGUUGGUUCAUAUUAACGAGAAAAACUAGCAGUGAACGAACAAUGAGAUUAUUAUUGUUGAUGGUUGGUUCUCGGAUGAGCUGUCAGAUCAACACUGUGACUGUUUUUUGAUGUUUUUCAGAAAACAACAUUCAGAUCUGUGGACUUUGGUUUGUUUAGAGACACGAGGCGUUGACGUAAACCAACACAGCCAUAUUAUCUAAUCAAUAAGUUUGAUUUUUGUAUUCUUUUUCCUUCUUUUUUUUUUUAUUUUGUUUUCGUUGCACUAUGAUGGAACCACCACCAUGCUCGAAGAAGAGCCUGUCCCUGUCGCUGCCGGUUCCCCGGGAAGGACAGGCGACCCUGAAGCCUCCGCAGCAUCUGUGGAGGCAACCGCGCACCCCGAUCAAAAUCAAGCACCGGGGCUACUCCGACACGGACCGGCACCACCACCGGCACAUGGAGCGCUCCGACGCCGUGGACACGAGCGACAGACCGGGGCUGAAGAAGUCCCGCAUGUCCUGGCCGUCGUCUUUCCACGGGACCACGAACACGUCCAUCGGAAACUGCGUCGGGAAUAAACGCUUCGAUUCGGAGAAUGGUCCCUCACCAGGCCGCAGUCCCAUGGAUUCGCAGGCGAGUCCUGGGGUGGUGCUGCACCCGUCUUUCCCCCAGAGUCAGCGCAGGGAGUCCUUCCUGUACCGCUCUGACUCCGACUACGACACAUCGCCCAAAACCAUGUCACGCAACUCCUCCGUCAACAGUGAGGGGCACGCUGAAGACAUGAUCGUCACCCCUUUCGCUCAGGUGUUGGCCAGCCUACGAACUGUAAGAAGCAACUUCACCAUCCUCGCCAAUGUCACAACACCCACUAACAAGAGGUCACCAGUGACAAGCCAACCCACUGUUCCCCAAGCCACACUCUCUGAGGAGACGUACCAGCAGAUGGCUCGGGAGACUCUGGAGGAGCUGGACUGGUGUCUGGACCAGCUGGAGACCAUUCAGACCCAUCGCUCCGUCAGUGAGAUGGCCUCCAACAAGUUCAAGAGGAUGUUGAACAGGGAGCUGUCCCAUUUGUCAGAGAUGAGUCGCUCAGGGAACCAGGUGUCAGAAUACAUCUCCACUACCUUUCUAGAUAAGCAGAACGAGGUGGAGAUCCCAUCCCCAACCUUGAGAGAGAGGGAGAAGCCCAUGUGUCACAUCAGUGGGGUGAAGAAGCUCACACACAGUUCCAGCCUUUCCAACUCCGCCAUGCCUCGUUUCGGCGUGAAGACUGAACACGAGGACGCAUUAGCCAGGGAGCUGAACGACUUGAACAAGUGGGGCCUUAAUAUCUUUCGUGUGGCAGAGUUCUCUAAUAACCGACCCCUCAGCUGUACUAUGUUUGCCAUCUUCCAGGAAAGAGAUCUACUGAAGACAUUUCGGAUCCCCAUGGACACAUUUGUCACGUAUGUAAUGACCCUGGAGGACCAUUACCAUGCCAAUGUGGCCUACCAUAACAGCCUUCACGCUGCAGAUGUCACUCAGUCUACUCAUGUACUGCUAUCAACACCGGCUCUAGAUGCUGUGUUCACCGAUCUAGAGAUUCUAGCUGCGUUAUUUGCAGCUGCCAUCCAUGAUGUGGACCAUCCAGGAGUGUCCAACCAAUUCCUCAUAAACACCAACUCAGAGUUAGCCCUGAUGUAUAAUGAUGAGUCCGUGUUGGAGAACCAUCACUUAGCUGUGGGCUUCAAGUUGCUUCACGAGGACAACUGUGACAUCUUCCAGAACCUCAGCAAGAGGCAGCGACAGAGCCUGAGAAAACUUGUCAUUGAUAUGGUUUUGGCAACAGACAUGUCAAAACACAUGAGUUUGCUGGCAGAUCUCAAGACCAUGGUGGAAACCAAAAAGGUGACGAGUUCUGGAGUACUGCUGCUGGACCACUACACCGAUCGGAUACAGGUGUUAAGGAACAUGGUGCACUGUGCAGACCUGAGCAAUCCUACAAAACCCCUGGCUGUGUAUCGACAAUGGACGGAGAGAAUCAUGGAGGAGUUCUUCAGGCAGGGAGACAAGGAGAGAGAGCGAGGGAUGGAGAUCAGUCCUAUGUGCGAUAAACACACCGCGUCUGUGGAAAAGAGCCAGGUGGGCUUUAUUGACUACAUAGUCCACCCGCUGUGGGAGACAUGGGGCGACCUGGUGCACCCUGACGCCCAGGACAUCCUGGACACUCUAGAGGACAACAGGGACUGGUACCAGAGCACUAUCCCACAAAGCCCGUCGCCGCCGCCUGUGAGCCAAGACAAGGAACUAAACGCCUGUUUGGACAAGUUUCAGUUUGAGCUCACCCUCGAAGACAGCUCUCCAACAAAUCAGGGUGAUGACGGCAACAAAGCCACGCCGAACCACGUGGCACAGGACUGCAGUCAGGGGGAGGAGGAAGAGGAGGAGGAUAAAAAGGACGAAGAGGAAGAUAUCAUGGUCGAAGAGGAAAAUGAGGACAUAAUAGAGGAGGAAGAUGAGAUGGCGAUGGAAGAGGAGCAGGAGGAGGAGCUGAAAGCUCAGCUGGCGGUGAGAUCUGAAAAGGAGAGACUUUCUGACACAAGUCCUGUAGAGGAAGAGGAGGAUUCUUCUUCACAAGCUGAAGAUACAUGAGUUCUGCUCCUGUAUCCCGCUCCUCACUUGCACACAUUAUCUUGUUAUUCCUUUCAAUGGCCAAACCAAGAACAAAUAAGACUGCAAAUGACAAUACAGACCUUUAAAUAUAUUUUUCAAAAAGGGAAUAAUUAAAAUAUUACAUAAAAAAAAAAAAAACACUUAAAGAGAAGUUAAUUACACAGCAACUGUAGAUUUGGAGUGGCGACAAGUCCAUCGGCUGAUUUCACGAUGAACUUAAGACCGAGCGGAAUUUAGGAGAGCAUUAACGGUGGUCAACUGAGGACAGCGUAGCACCCGGGGACUGAAAUGCACACACUCAAACACACAGGAAGUGACUCACAAACACAUUGGGAAGAAGAGGUGGAGUGAGUCGUGUUGAACGCACAACUACAUCGGUCAUGCCGGACGGUACAGGUGCAGUCCAUAUGUAUCCCUCUUUGAAUGUGUGUUUGUAUGAGUGCAUUAACACGAGGGACACAGAUCAGUAAUGAGUCUCUUUGGAAAAAGCCAUCUCUUAAUGAAGUAUUAACUAGUGUUCAGUCAGUUUUAGUCGUUCAUGUUCUUUAGGAUCUCAACAGAAACUGUUCUCCUCAGAAAAGCUACGUCUGAAUGACUUUUUUUUUUUCCAUUUCUGUCGGAAAGAAAAAUCAGAAAAUUGCAGAGUUUUGAGGAGAGAGAGGAUGAAAACUGAAAAACCGAAGGCGAGGAAGAUGCUGCGAUGAAGGGGCCGCCGGGUCCCAUACCCCUUUUCCCUUUACGAGGAGAGUGCUACUGGUGCAAGAUGGCUCUGUGCCUUUCUGAAACACCAGCUUCCUUGAAUGGAGCUGUCGUGAAGCAAUGCAUUGUGGGACAGGAGUGUCUGAUUUUGUUAUCAUUCUCUUUUUUUCGAUUGUCUCUUGUUGAAGCUCUCUCUCUCUCUUUAUUGUUCAUGGUAUUGUGGUGUGUAUCUCACACGUACAGUUUCUGUGGUGAUAUGUUUUGAAGCUGUAAGUCUUCCUUUGUUUGCUCUUUCUGGUAAUAUAAUAACUCAGAACUCUAGAUGCAGAGCAAUCACUACCACCUCCACAACCACCUGUGGACUCUUUUCAGCUUAUGGUUCUUUCUUAUUACAGUGAUUUCUUUCUUUUUUUUUUUACUUUUUUCGAGAAUAAGCCAUGAGAUGCUUUGAAGCAUAAGUUCCGCCUUUUUUCUAUUUAACCGUUGCUAAAUACGUUGAAGGGAUACAGAAUGAUUUCAUUAGCAGGAGGUUAGGUUUUCACUCGCCAUCCCUCGCACCCACUUGCACUGUUGUGUGUUUGCUUCUCCUCAUACUCGGCAACUCUCACCAAAGUGACGGCUUUUUAAAAAGAACUUACAGCGGCUGAAGUGAUUUGAAAGGAAUAAAAGACUUUGAGAAUAUGAAAAUCAGGGAGGUAGAAUGUCAGGGAAAGAAAAGGAAAAGUGGCAGUCCCUAAUCAUCGUUGUUAUGUUAGAUGCUUUUGCCUUAAUGUGAGCUGCAGGAUACAUACCUGCCCAGUAUGUAGAUUUAUAAGAUAUAUAAUAGAUAUCCUAGUAUAUUUAUAUCACGUCUGUAUGCUUAUUUCUGUGAGUAUCAGUGUAUCUAUACACAAUGUAUGCAGCAUUGCAUUUGGAGGGUUUGAGGGGGAACAUUGCUGCCAAUUUAGUCGUUACGUUGUUAACUGUGUUUGGAUCAACAUAAAGAAUGUGUUGUUAUGACUUUUUUUUUUUUUUCUCCAAAAUCUGGAUGACGAUCUUUAAGCUUACCUGCCGGGCAUGCAGAGGGAAAUGAGGAAGUGUGGUUAAGACUUCAUGAGCGGAGAGAAUGAAUAUGAUCAGGUGUUGAUUUGCUGACGAGUCAGUGGUUGUGUGUGUGUGUUGAGGAUGAUUGUGUCGUCAUGACUUACAGCCGACUCACACACGGCCUGAUGCUUGUUGCUAGCUGCGGUGUCACUACCCCAUCCGUACCGGAAACCUGAGUUGAUCUACACUAUAUGGUAUUUGAACGCCUGACCAUUACACCAACAGGGACUGUAAUGACCUGGCUUAGAUUUUAGUACUUUAGAUCAAGUAGCCUAUUUCAACAGGAAUUAGCUUGUUACUUGUACUUCGAACCUUGUGUUUUUGGACGGAUUGGGUAGCGACAGGCAGCUACUGGAGGUUGGCAGAGCAGUGUCUGUCAUAGCUGACUGCGUAGCAAGAGUUGCUAAUGUUGCUAAAGAGCUGGUGAUGUCGGCCAUUUUGUGAUCGUUUCGUACGACAAAAAACAGCCUUGAGCCUGAGAGCUACGUUUGGGCUGUGCCGUGUUUGUGCAGGCAGUGUUGGGAUGAAUUGACUUGCAAACUCCAGCUGUACACAGGGGCACAAGCAGUGUGGCAAUUUCCAACUCCGCUCUAUUCGGCGUGAAUGAGGGGUGUUUGAGUUGACGCCAUCCGGCGCGUGAGUGUGAGUCGGCCGUUAGGGAGUGAGUAAGAGGUGGCGGGAGGCUGAAGAUGUCGUCACGUGUGUGUGUCGUGUACGUUCGCUCACUGGCAUCAGCGCAUCUCGUCAAAUGAUGGUGUUUCCGAUCAGCACAGCUUCAGUAGGUCUGUUUAGGUGUUUGUUUUAUCACAGGGUAUAAAAAAUAUUAAAUAAAAGAACAUGGGUGUGGCUCUUUUGUCGAGCUAGUUCCUGCAGGUCAGUAACUGAGCCUCUGUGAAGAAGCCACAGCUCGGUGCAACAGGAGCCUGUGUGUUUGACCUGCUCUGUCACAGGAUGGAGCAGAGCUGCGGGGCCACCACACAGGCUUCCAACAUGGUGGAAUGGGAAUCCAGGACUAUUCUUGCAGUUUUCCUAAAUAAAAGAUUCCCAUAUGCAUCGGCCUUUUACUUUGAUGUUGCUUUGUUUUUGUGGCUUCUUGUUCUGUCAUAAGCUAUAAGGAUUUUAAUAUUUGAUUGCCAUACAAACACAAUACUGUAGCAAUUAUUUCUUAUUAAGAAAAAAAAGAUUAUUCAAUUGAUUAAUUGCUGCCAUUUCUUUUUAAAUAAAAAAAAGAAAACCAUGGGAAGUGUUUUCUUUGAACAGUGUGUGUACAGUUUAUUUUUAUAUCAUUCUGGUGGACGGUCUAGAAAAUGAAUCAUGUGUUGAUGAUAUAGCUAUAAGCGUUACAUCUUUUGUAUAUAAUGUAAUAUUGGAUUGUAAAUUAUAAAUUUAUCAGAGUCGUAAUGAUUGACGAAUGAUCACUUGAGGUUGCUAACUGAACCAUUGAAGCACUGCAGGCCACAUCCUCACUUUUUUUCACAAUUCAUUAUAUUUGUUGCUCACUUGUGUUAACAUUUCUGUCACUUGUUUUAAAUUGUUAUAACUGAAUCUAUUUGUACCAGCACUUUAUUUCGUCAGGUUUUGAGGCAAAUGGGCGUGUUUUCAGGUCGUGAACAGUCUGUGAUGGUGAUUUUGUUCAUCGGCGAUCACUUGUUGAUUAAAUAAAAUCAGAAACUCUCAUUGUGCAGUAGUCAACGUCAACCCCCUUUUCCAGAGGCAUAAUCUAACAAACAAGUCAUUCUGUAUUAAAUGUCCAUGUGAGAUUGAAGUUAUUUGACUGAUAAAGUCAAAUAUAGACUGAUUUUCAAAGAAAAUAACUGUGUCCUUAUCUAACUUGGCCAUUUCUUGGACGAUCACCACCUCUGUUUCUUCUUAGUAACUUUAAUUACUAGCCUGAGAGCCUCAAUGUCCGUCCCAUGGUGGCCUAACUAGCCGGUUCCCAUUGGGGUCGCUGUCAGCUCACUUUGUCGCAGACUGACUCCCUCUGAGAGAAAUUCUCUGGGCUUUAAUUCAUGUAUUUGUUCACAAAGAAGAAGAAAGAUAAUUCAAGGGAAAAGACAACAUGAAAUGAUUGUAAUAUUUGUAAAUGAUCUUGCUGUAAUGUGUAAAAUGUGUCCAAGUUAUUUUUUAUUAUAUUAUUUUUAUGAGAGUUUUUUCCUCUUGACAGAGCUGAGGUGUCAUUUUGUGAAUAAAUGCAUUUAAUAAGCAAACAUCUAUAUAUAAAAACAAUACUAUAGUAUAUCAGUAUAUUUUUCUUUUAUUUCACUGUUCAGUACUGUAAAGUGUGUUAAAAUACAAAUAAAGUAAGAUUUUUAUAUUAAAUAAA